AUGUGCUGCAUGUGGUGUCAAGACGGCUCAAAACUAGCUACAACAAAAGUCUCACGUGGUAUUUCCCAUGCUCGCCAAGUCACUAGUUGCACUUCUACAAGAUACCGUUUCCGUCUAUGUCUGCCUCUCGCUGGGGUUACACCAUUGUCAAAGAUUUUGCUAAUCCAGGUAGCAUGUAGCUGCCAGGACCGGCAUUAUACAAAGACCCUGCUUUCAAACUACCUAAAUCCAUACGAGGAUACUGUACGUUUGCAGAACUCCUCGUCAAGCUUAGAUAGCUAA